GUUCCCCAACAGCAGAAGUAACACUCCUCAUUACUAGUUUCGUUUAUCGGGAGGCGUGCCGCGUUCUCAUGGAAACGAGGCAUCCAGCACCGCCCUGAUUGCGUCAUCAAAGCGCGACACGAGGUGUUCGUUGUGCGUAGCAUGGCUGAAGCUGUGGAUUCUGUUAAAGAGGAUGGUCUUCUGCCCGUUGUUUCUUCCCCAUCUUCGGUUGAAUCUUCUGUUGUUGCUGUAGAAGUGGCGGAAAGACAGGAGAAAGAACCAGCCGAUAUCAAAGAGGAGGUACAGGUUGUAGAGAUUAAAUGCAAGGAAGCAUGUGAAUUUAUCCCAGAAGAGUUAGAGGACCCUACAUCACAGUCUAGUGCAGCCAAGAAAAUAAAAAUAGAGAUAAAGGAGAAAAAAGAAAAAAAACAUAAAGUUGAUGAAGAUGAGAUUCAAAAAAUGCAAAUCCUGGUUUCCUCUUUUUCUGAAGAACAGCUAAAUCGAUAUGAGAUGUAUCGACGAUCAGCUUUCCCUAAGGCUGCUAUUAAACGGCUGAUCCAGUCAAUUACUGGAACCUCUGUGUCUCAGAACGUUGUUAUUGCCAUGUCAGGAAUUUCUAAAGUCUUUGUUGGAGAAGUAGUUGAAGAGGCUUUAGAUGUAUGUGAGAAGUGGGGAGAAUCACCUCCUCUGCAACCCAAGCACUUGCGUGAAGCAGUCAGACGACUGAAAUCAAGAGCACAGAUUCCAAAUUCCAAAUAUAAAAAAAUUCUCUACCACUGAAGAGGAAGUGAAAAAAGUGUCUAGGUGGAAUGGAGAUGCUUUCAACUGAAAUGAAAAAGACUCCUGACAGUAUCUUCAGAUUACUUAAAGCCAUCAUGUUCUGCAUAGUUAAGAUGUUCCUUGUGCAAUAAUUCUGAGUUGCUAAUGACAAAAACUAUAUUGCAGGUAUAUUGGGCUGAAUAUGGAAACAUUUUCUAAAUAGGCAAAAUAAGAAAUAUUGAUGUAAUAAGAUUACACGGAGCUUCUGAAACAUGGUUUUGAGGUUUCUUUUAAAAGGAAAUAAAGGAGUUUUAAAAAGUGUUA